CUCCCGGCGGGACCGGCCGCCCUCCUGCACAGGAGGAUGGGCGAGGCGGUGGCCCGGGUGGCCAGGAAGGUGAACGACACGGUGGAGAACAAGGCGGAUUCCCUGGAUCUGGCCAACUGCAAGCUGAUGUCCUUCCCUGUUGGAGUCUACAAAGCCGUGAGGAGCGUCACCGAGGGCAUCCACCGCAUCUCCCUGGCCAACAAUGAGCUCAAGUCCAUCACCAGCCGAUUUGUCACCACCUUCAGCCAGCUGAGAGAGCUCAACCUGGCAGGCAAUUACCUGCACCGCCUGCCCGAGGAAAUCACCUCCCUGCUGCACCUCCGCGCCAUCGACCUCUCCCGAAACCGGUUCCGGCGCUUCCCGGAGCCCCUGGCCACCGUGCCCGCCCUGGAGACCAUCGACCUGCAAGAGAACGAGAUCGCAGAGGUGCCCACGGACAAAUUGGCCUCCAUGGCGCUGCUGCGGAGCCUCAACCUGCGAGCCAACCCCGUGGGCCCCGAGGUGCGGCUGCUGGUGCGGCCCCUGGUUCCCUUCGAGCUGCUGCUGUCUCCAGAGGAGCCCAUCCAUCCCUGA